CCGCCAUGUGCAAUAAGGACUAGGAAGAAAGGCAAAGUACCAUUCAAGUUUUUGUGCAUUUUCCUCAUCUACACGCGCUAAAUAACAAACCAAAACAGAUUUUACGUUUUGGUUUUAUAUUCAUUUUGUUUUAAUUUAUUAUUCGAAAAAUUUUUCACCGAUUUUCAAUGACAUUACUGUUCAUUUCUAUAAAGUCGACGAAUCAUAAGAAUUUGAGCAGAAGACGAGCAUCAAUUUUAAUUCAUAAAAUUCGUAUAGAAAGAACAGGAAAAAGUUGACUAUAACAUGGGAAAGCCUAAGAAAGGAGGCAAGAAGAAGGCCAACGAAGACUGGGAAGAUGAUGUUCUUAAUGAAAUUGAAUCUUUAAAUGGUACAGAAGGGGCAGCUAAAGAGCAGCCCAAACAAACAGCAAAGGCAAGCCGAUUCAUGGCAUUGGAGAAUGAAGAACCAGGUGAAGAACCAGAUGAAGAUGAAGAUGAAAAUGAAACUGUUGCCAAGCCAAAGAAGGAUCAAAAGAAAAAUAAAAAGGACAAGAAAAAUAAUUUAUUUGAAGCUUUAGAAAAUGAUGAAGAAGUGCCUGGAGAAAAGGAUGACAAUACUGAGCACCAAAAUAUAGACUUGAUUGAUGAUGAUGAUGAUGAUAUUGCUUCAUCUAAAAAAUCUAAAAAAGGUAAAAAAGGUAAAAAGAAAUUGGAUAUAGAUGAGUUAGCAGAUUUGUAUGCAGAGGAACCAGAAACUGAGAAUAAUGAAAAGAAAASAAAAUCACAAAAGAAAUCAAAAGACGCUAAAGAUAAUCAGGAGGUUGAAGGAGAUGAAGAUGAGGAUAAUGAUGGCUUAGUUAUCAAGACAGCUGCACAAAAACGUGCAGAGAAGAAGGAAAGGGAAAAGAAGAAGCGAGCAUUAGAAAAAGAAAAGCAAAAACAAAAAGGAAAAAAGCCUGCCAAGACAGAGGAUGAAGAAAUAUCACAGGAACAGACAAAGGAUGAACAAACUGAUGACACAGGAAUGAAGUCCAAAACAUCUGAUGUCCCUACAGAGAAAGAAGCAUGCUCAAAACCAACUGCAGAUCAAUCCCAAGAAGUAUCGACAGAAGUACAAGAUAAAGUACCAGAUGAAAGUACAGAACCAGCUGGAGAAGAUGAAGGAGCAGAAGACACAGAAGAUAAAAAGAAAAAGAAAAAAAAGAAAAAGAAGAAAGGUGGGGAGGAAGAAGAAAAGAAAGUCAAAAAGCCUAACAAAGCCUUAGUAAAGCAGAUGCAACAGCAAUUAGAACAACUACGGAUUGAAGAAGAAAAACGAAAAAAAGAAGAGGAAGUUAAAAUACGUGCAAUAGAAGAAGCAGAAAAAAGAAGGCUAGAAAAGCUUCAACUUGAGAAAGAAAGGAAAGAAAAGAAGAAGCAGAAAGAAAAGGAGAGGAUUGCAAGACUAAAGCAGGAAGGAAAAUUUCUGACCAAAGCUCAAAAAGAGCAGAAGGCUAAACAGCUGGCAAUGCUUGAGGCUAUGAAACAACAAGGUAUUGAAAUCCCUGCAUUAAGUAAUGAAGGGCAAGAAGGUAUAAGGAAGCCUGUCAGAUAUGGAUCCAAGAAACCUAAAAAUAAGCAACAACAACAACAGCAACAGCAAGAAAAAGACCAGACUAGAGAUAUUGAAAUGAAAGAAACAAAAGAAGAAGAAAAUGAAGGAGAAAAGGAAGAAGAAAAGGAAGAAAAUGAUAGUGAAAGUGCUACAGCUGAGUCUGCCAAGGAAGAAGACGUUGAAGAAGAGGUGAAAGAUGCCUGGGAUUUGGACUCUGAAGAGGAGGUUGAGGAACCACAAAAAGAACAAGAAAAAGCUGAGAAAACAGAAGGAAUUGUUGAGAAAAAAACAGAAGAGAAAAGUGAAGAAGAAGAGGAAAGUGAAAAGAGUAGUAGUGAAGAGAGCGAUGAUGAGGAAUCUGAAGAAGAGAGUGAAUCAGAGGAAGAUGAACACAAAAUAGACAAAACAGAAAGCAUUCAAGAAAGAAUAGCCAAGAGAAAAACUCGAGCUGAGAUAAAACGGUCUACUGACAAACUUCGGUCACCUGUUAUUUGUGUGCUUGGCCAUGUCGAUACAGGAAAGACAAAGAUACUUGAUAAGAUUCGUCACACCCAUGUCCAGGAUGGAGAAGCCGGUGGUAUCACACAACAGAUUGGUGCUACCAUGGUACCCAAUGAYGCCAUUAAAAUACAAACUUCCAUGAUCAAAGAUUUCCAAACUUUCGACAUCCAAAUUCCUGGUCUUCUGAUCAUCGAUACACCAGGCCACGAAUCCUUCAGUAAUCUUCGUUCUCGUGGAUCAUCGCUUUGUGAUAUGGCUAUAUUAGUAGUUGAUAUUAUGCAUGGAUUGGAACCACAGACUAUUGAAUCAAUAAAUCUGCUAAAGGCAAAGAAAACACCAUUUGUGGUGGCACUUAACAAGGUUGACAGGUUGUUUGAGUGGAAACGUGGACCAGAUUCCAGCAUCAUCAACACAAUCAAGAAACAAAAGAGAAAUACUAAACAAGAAUUCGAUGAAAGAGUUCAAAUAGCUAUCAAAGAAUUUGCUGAGCAGGGUCUGAAUGCUUGUUUAUUUUACGAUAAUAAAGACACGCGGUCCUACGUAUCUCUAAUCCCGACGUCAGCUCACUCCGGUGAUGGCAUGGGAGAUCUCAUAUCACAAGUGGUCAAACUUACACAGACCAGACUGACACAGAAGCUAACUUAUUCAGAAUAUCUGGAAGGAAUAGUGCUUGAGGUAAAAGCGCUUCCUGGUCUUGGUACUACCAUCGACGUUAUCCUAGUCAAUGGGAAGCUAAAGGAGGGAGACACCCUAGUCCUUCCAGGGAUUGAAGGUCCCAUAGUGACACCAAUACGAGCCCUACUUACUCCUCAGCCGCUGAAAGAAUUAAGAGUAAAAAAUCAGUACCUUAACCAUAAAGAACUGUGUGGAGCACAGGGUGUGAAGAUCUCRGCAAAGGACCUAGAAAAGGCAUUAGCUGGAGUGCCUAUCAUGGUAGCAGAGCAUGAGGAUGAAAUAGAAUAUUGUAAGAAUGAAGUAACAUCAAUCAUGUCUGCUGCUCUCAARGCCAUCAAGCUGUCAGACCGUGGAGUGUACGUCCAAGCAUCUACUCUAGGCUCCCUGGAGGCACUCGUGGAAUUCUUGAAAAGCUCUAAAAUACCGUAUGCAGGUGUUAAUAUUGGUCCUGUACACAAGAAAGACGUAAUGAAAUGUUCAAUUAUGCUGGAACACGAAGUACAGUACGCAGUGAUUUUGGCAUUUGACGUCAAAAUCGAAAGAGAAGCACAAGAAAUAGCAGAUAGCUUGGGGGUUAAAAUCUUCUCUGCUGAAAUCAUUUAUCAUCUGUUCGACAAAUUCACAGCCUACAGAGAGGAACRAAAGCGCAAAAAGAGAGAAGAAUUCAGGAACAUAGCAGUAUUUCCUUGCAAACUUCGCAUACUCCCUCAGCACAUAUACAAUACCAGGGACCCCAUUGUUGUAGGAGUGUCUAUAGAGGCUGGUAUUGUCAGGGAAGGCACUCCUCUUUGUGUGCCUAGUAAAAGUUUUGUGGACAUAGGAGUAGUAAGUGGGAUCGAAGCAARCCACAAGAACUUGACGGAAGCUCACAAGGGAAUGGAAGUGUGUCUUAAAAUAGAAAACGUUUCUGGAGAGGCGCCUAAACUGUAUGGAAGACAUUUUGAUCAUGAAGAUUUGCUUAUAAGUAAAAUAAGUCGUCAAUCUAUCGAUGCUGUUAAAGAAUACUUCCGGGAAGAUCUACAGAAAAGUGACUGGCAACUUAUGAUCGAGUUAAAAAAACUCUUCCAAAUCAUGUAAUACAAAACAGAUCAGCUUAAAAAUGUUUAUUCUAUUCACAUUUGAUAUUAACAAAGGCUUCUAUUCAAUGUUAAGAUGUCAUCCAAUUGUUCUGUAAAGAACUUGCUGUUUGAGCAUACAGGUCCCACAUAGCGCCGUAUCACCGACUUUAAUCACAACGGUUAUGGCGUCAAUUAAGACGUUUUUCUUGAGUAUCUAAAAAUCUAAUGGUUUUACAAUUAUUUUUCCGAUUAAGAUACCAUUACUAUGGAGACGUAAGAUUUCAAGUAUUAUCUUGUUGCGUGACAUGUUAUAUUACCAGAAUAGCGUGACUCAUGUGAACGGAUGAUAUAUUAUUUUAGAGUUAUACGUUGAUUAUUAAAAUGUGAAUGGGGACCGCA